AUGUCCUCUCAAGCUAGUCGUGAUGGCCAGCUCAAAGAAGUCGCCGGAUGCGAGGUAACAAUCCUGACCCCGAAUCAUCUAAAUGUUUAAAUUAGGUCACAACGUAUUGUCUGUCGUCCGCGGAAAAGAGGUCAAGAUUGGAAAGUGUACUUCCGUAAGGUAGGUUUUUUGGCAUGUGACAAGCUUGGUUGCCCGUCAUUGGACUUUUUCGACGGUGGUACGAUUUUUGACAGAUCAGGGUCUCCAGGCCUGAAUGACAAAUUCUAACUGUGGGCGCUCAAUCAUCUCGGAGACCUUGCGAAAGCACCCUUCGUCGAACUUCUCAAAUGCCCGCCCGAAGAGAUUUAAGCUGGACAUUGCUGAUUUCCCUGCCUUUAAACAGUGGAGUGAUGGCUUUAGUGAGGAAAUUAUUCACACAUCAAGAUCCUUCUGAACAUCUACCACUGGCAACGAUGUGUAAUUUAGAUAGUACGUCCUCCAGUGCGCAGAGCUGGUUCUGUCAGUUCUCAGAAUGUUGCAUUUGAUAACAUAAAAUGGGAGAAGUCAUUGCCCCGAACAUUGUACAAGGCAGCUAAAGUUUGCCUGUAGAUUUGCUUCAUCGUCCUCGUUGCGAAUGACGUUCCAAAGCUUUAUGUCGUCAGCAAAUCUGGCCCUGUCACAGUCAACACACGAAUGCAGUCAUCAAUAUAUAUGAGGAGGAGGAGGAGGAAGAGGAGGAGGAGGAGGAGGAGGAGGAGGAGGAGGAGAGCAAGGCCAAUAACGGAGUCCUGAGGUACUCCGCUCGAAACCGUCGCCUUCGCCGAUUGUUGGUCACCAAGGCGGAUGAUCUGAGGUCGACCGAUCAAGAAGUUUUCAAUCUACUUUAA